GCAGUUCUUCAAGCAAGAGGAUUUGCAAGUUUACUAAAGAAACCUGCAAAAACCUUCAAACUUAAAUGUAAAAUCUACUUGGAUGAAAUGAAAAUAUUCAUAUCCUAAAAACUAGAGCUUCGGAAAACCGACGAAAAUUGCUCACACUUGAUCCCAGUCUGAAUUGCAUUGAUCACACAAUCAGUAUAUCGGUUUGCAAUGAAAAUGCAGGUAUCAAACAAAGGAUUGCAUUUUACAAGUAAUAUGGAAGAUGAUGUUCAAUACUAUUCCGGAUUACGAAUAACUUCUUAUAUACUGAUUGCUGUACUAUUUGCUACUAGCGUAAAGGGUGCAAAUCAACUGCAUAUUGGAGGCAUUUUUCCGAUUGCCGGUAAAGGGGGUUGGCAGGGAGGUCAAGCCUGCAUGCCAGCAGCAAAACUAGCACUUCAAGAUGUUAACGAAAAUCCAGAAUUAUUGCCAGGAUUCAAUUUAACGUUGCAUAGCAACGAUAGCGAGUGCGAACCGGGUUUAGGGGCGAGUGUUAUGUACAAUUUACUCUACAACUCCCCUCAAAAACUAAUGCUUUUAGCAGGAUGUAGUACAGUUUGCACAACUGUGGCAGAAGCCGCAAAGAUGUGGAAUUUAGUUGUGCUAUGCUACGGUGCAUCCAGUCCGGCAUUGUCUGACCGCAGUCGUUUUCCUACGCUAUUCAGAACCCAUCCUUCAGCAACAGUUCACAACCCAACUAGAAUCAAACUUAUGCAAAAAUUCGAUUGGUCAAGAGUGGCCAUAUUACAACAAGCGGAGGAAGUCUUUAUAUCGACAGUGGAAGAUUUAGAAACAAGGUGCAAAGAUGCUGGGAUUGAGAUCGUGACACGGCAAUCUUUCCUUUCGGACCCCACCGAUGCAGUCAGAAAUCUACGUCGACAGGAUGCACGGAUCAUUGUUGGAUUAUUUUAUGUUGUAGCCGCCCGUCGAGUUUUAUGUGAAAUGUACAAACAACAACUAUAUGGGAGAGCAUAUGUUUGGUUCUUCAUAGGUUGGUACGAAGACAAUUGGUACGAAGUGAAUUUGAGGAAUGAGAAUAUUUCCUGUACUAAAGAGCAAAUGAAGAUCGCUGCUGAAGGCCAUCUAACGACUGAGGCAUUGAUGUGGAAUCAAAACAAUCAAAAAACUAUAUCUGGAAUGUCGUCAGAGGAUUUCAGAAAGCGUUUAAAUGCUGCACUUAUUGAAGAAGGCUACGACAUCAGUCAUAAUCGAUACCCAGAGGGAUAUCAGGAGGCCCCAUUAGCAUAUGACGCAGUUUGGAGCGUAGCCCUAGCUUUUAACAAAACAAUGCAGCGCCUUACACAAUUGAACUGGGGGAAAAAUCUUAAAGACUUCACCUACACCGAUAAGGAAAUAGCAAAUGCAAUAUAUGCAGCCAUGAAUUCGACACAAUUUCUUGGCGUUUCGGGCGUUGUGGCAUUCAGUUCGCAAGGAGAUCGAAUCGCACUGACACAGAUCGAGCAGAUGAUAGAUGGUCAGUAUUAUAAGCUCGGAUAUUAUGACACACAAGCAGAUAAUUUGACAUGGUUCAACAAAGAGAAAUGGGAUGGAGAGAAGGUUCCGCAAGAUCGAACUAUUGUAAGACGUGUCUUGAGGACAGUUUCGUUGCCUUUGUUCAUCUGCAUGAGUACCAUUUCGUGUUUUGGCAUUAUAAUUGCAAUAGUUCUCAUAUUUUUUAAUAUUUGGCACAGGCACCGCAGGGUAAUACAAACGUCACAUCCCGUAUGCAACACGAUAAUGCUUUUUGGAGUGAUCAUAUGUCUUGUAUCUGUUAUUUUGCUGGGGAUUGAUGGUCAAUUCAUAACAGCAGAAAAUUACCCGAAAGUAUGCCAAGCUAGAGCAUGGAUCCUAUCUACUGGAUUUACCUUGGCCUACGGAGCAAUGUUCAGUAAAGUAUGGCGUGUACACCGAUUCACGACGAAAACUAAAACUGACCCAAAAAAAAAAGUUGAACCGUGGAAACUCUACACAAUGGUCUCUGGGCUGCUGCUUGUCGAUUUGAUCAUAUUAUUGACAUGGCAAAUGCAGGAUCCACUACAGCGACGAUUGGAAACAUUUCCAUUGGAGGAUCCUAUAUCUUCUAACGACGAUGUAAAGAUACGUCCGGAGCUAGAGCACUGUGAGAGUCACAAUAACUCCGUUUGGCUAGGAGUUAUCUAUGGAUUCAAGGGAUUGAUUCUGGUAUUUGGAUUGUUUUUGGCUUAUGAGACGCGGUCCAUCAAAGUAAAACAAAUAAACGACUCACGAUACGUUGGAAUGAGCAUUUACAAUGUAGUUGUUUUGUGCUUGAUAACUGCACCAGUGGCGAUGGUGAUAGCUUCACAACAAGAUGCUUCAUUUGCUUUUGUUGCGUUAGCAGUAAUAUUUUGCUGUUUCCUCAGUAUGUUACUAAUCUUCGUUCCAAAGGUUAUAGAAGUCCUAAGACAUCCGAAGGAUAAAGCGGAAUCAAAGUUCAGUAACGAUACCGGAAUUUCAAAGGAAGAAGAAGAACGUUAUCAGAAGCUCAUAUCAGAAAACGAGGAUUUGCAGAAAUUAAUUGCUCAAAAAGAAGACAAAAUAAGAUUGCUGAAACAACGAUUAUCGGAAAAAGAAACGAAAAAUGGAGUUCACUCUUUCUCUGAUGCCCUCGAUGGCACCUCAACGGCCGGUGGUGUUCAAUUCAAUCAACCUGCACCAUCUACCUUAAUUCAGAAAUGAUUCGAAGUGUACAACAUAAAGCAGUAGCGGAUUAUCCUUCUGUCUCUGCACAAGCACCCACUGCUAACUCUAGGAAUAGUUCUAACAAUAAUUUCAUUUUCCUAUUGAAUGUAUUACAAAUAGGAAAUAAUAAAA